UACGUCAUCGCAUUACAUAGCCCCAGCUUCAAAAAUAUUACUUUCUCUUUACGUCGACGCGGAGCAGUAUUGUUGUGUGUGAAGACCUACAAUGAUUUUUGGUGAAAAUGGAGCUUAGCUGGCUAUUAUUGUUCUGGUGUUUACUCAACCGUGGUGCGUCUGGUGUCGAUACAGAUGGAGUGUCAGUGAUGGAGGGAGAUUCAGUCACUCUAAACACUGGUGUUCAAACAAGCCAACAAGAAAAGAUUAAAUGGUAUUAUAAUGUCAUUCGCAUCGCUCAAAUCAAUAGAGACCAGAGUAAGAUCUGUACAGAUGUUCAGUGUAAUGAAGGCACUGAGAGAUUCAGAGACAGACUGAAGCUGGAUCGUCAGACUGGAUCUCUGACCAUCAUGAACAUCACAAACACACAUGCUGGAGUUUAUAAACUGAAGAUCAUCAACCACAGCGACAGUGAAAAGAUCUUCAAUGUUUCAGUUCAAGGUGUUUCUGCUGCUGAACGAGAAGAAGUGAAGAGAAAGGAGGGAGAAUCUGUCACGUUAUAUACUGGUGUACUAACAAAACCAAUUAAUUUUACGACAUGGUAUUUUAACGACAUUCUCAUCGCUGAAAUCACUAGAGAUCAGAGUAAGAUCUGUACAGAUGAUCAGUGUAAAGAGAGAUUCAGAGACAGACUGAAGCUGGAUCAUCAGACUGGAUCUCUGAUCAUCACACACACCAGAACUGAAGACUCUGGAGAAUAUAAACUACAGAUCGGCAGUGACAGCAGUCGUCAUCGACGCAGCAUCAUUAAGAGAUUCAGUGUUUCUGUCACCGAUUCAGGUUCAUCUUCAGCUGUUAUUGCAGGAAUGAGUGCUGGUGUUGUUCUGCUGUUUGUGACUGUUGCAGUCGCUGUGAUUUGCUAUCGCUGCCACAUGAUAUAUACACAAAGAAGAAAACAUGAAGAUGACGAGGCGUCCUGGGAGAAGAACAUGCCUGUGCUAACAGUUGAUCCUAACGAAGCAACAAAUGAUCAGAACGAGCCUCUGUCAACGACUGUCCUUAAAGUGGCGACCAAUGAUCAGGAAGAGUCUCCGCCGACGGAUGACUCUACAGUGGCGACCAAUGAUCAGAAAGAGUCUCUGUCGACGGAUGUCUCUACAGUGGCGACCAAUGAUCAGAAAGAGUCUCUGCUGACGGAUGUCUCUACAGUGGCGACCAAUGAUCAGAAAGAGUCUCUGUCGACGGAUGUCUCUACAGUGGCGACCAAUGAUCAGAAAGAGUCUCUGUGGACGGAUGUCUCUACAGUGGCGACUAAUGAUCAGAAAGAGUCUCUGUCGACGGAUGUCUCUACAGUGGUGACCAAUGAUCAGAAAGAGUCUCUGUCGACGGAUGUCUCUACAGUGGCGACCAAUGAUCAGAAAGAGUCUCUGUCGACGGAUGUCUCUACAGUGGCGUCCAAUGAUCAGAAAGAGUCUCUGUGGACGGAUUACUUUUUUCCUAGUAUUAAUUUUUCUUUAAUUAUUGGCAGGUACGCUGAAGACCCCAUAAUGCAGUGAUCUGCUUUAAUCAGAUCCAAAGUAAUAUCAUACUGCACUGCAAGUGUUCUUCACAGAUUAUAUGCACAAAAACACAUGAGAAUUUGAAGGAAUUGCCUGGAUCAUGAUGGGAUUUUAAUAUAUUAUAAAACAUAAUAAAUGAUGCUAACGUGUUAAUUAUGCAUGAUUAUGCAGUUACCAUAGGCAUUAGUUUAACUAUUAUCAUUUGGCACUUAAACGAUCCUUUGGAAACUCUCAAGUUAUAGAUUCUGCAUGGCAGAUGUUUGUGUAUUCUAAAAUAGCUGUUUUAAAACCUCUUUACUGGCAUCGCUAACACUGUUCUGCUGGUUUUAAACAGCAAGUUAAUUGCAGUGUAUUUUACAC